CACUUGACAAACAACCUCCUAAUACAAAAUGUCACCCAGACUUGUAAACAACAGUUGCUUAUUGGAUUUCCUGAAGUAUUUUUCGAUUUUCAGGUGUAAUAUUCGUAUUUUCAAGUAGAAAUAAUGAUUUCAAUGUGGUGCUUAGAGCUUUUGAGAAGUUAAUAUAAUAUUAUUAUUAUAAUCGCGGGUUUAUACCCAUUAAUCUUCCUGCAGAAAGAUUGUACAGUUCCUUGGGUGCAAGUUCAUUCACGAGAUAUAUAAACCAUUUAAAAUAGUGUGGAGAAUUAAAAAGAUGCAGGCAGAUGAUCCUCCCUAUUUAUCUGUGGGGACAGCAGUAAGUGCCAAGUACAAGGGUGCCUUUUGUGAAGCUAAAGUGAGCAAAGUAGUUCGUAUUGUAAAAUGCAGGGUAACUUACAAAAUGGGCUUGGGAACUGCUGUACUAAGUGAUGAACAAAUCAAAGGGACUCUGAGAGCAGGCCAACUUGUUCAAGCCAAACAUCCAGAUAGAAAGGAUUUGGUGGAUGCAACCAUUACAAAAAUUCAAGACUGUAGCCAGUAUACUGUUGUUUUUGAUGAUGGAGACAUUACGACUUUGCGUAGGACUGCUUUGUGUCUGAAAAGUGGAAGGCAUUUCAAUGAAAGUGAAACUUUGGACCAACUACCACUUACCCAUCCUGAACAUUUUGGCAAUCCAGUUGUGGGGGGCAGAAGAGGUAGAAGAAGCAGACAACCCAAGGAUGAUAGUAGUGAUGGGGAAGUGGAAGAAGAAAAUGAACCAGACCUGGAAGCAUAUCUUCUGGAUUUGAAGAGAGUUGUGAGUGUUGAGGUGACUGAUAAAAAACGCAGUAAAGACAACUGGUUCCCAGGACUUGUAGUGAUUCCUUCUGCUCAACCAACUGUGAGAAUCAACAUGAAAGAUGAAUAUUUGAUAAGGUCCUUCAAAGAUGGAAGAUAUUAUACUGUACCUAAAAAAGAAGUGUCAGAAUUCAGUAGAAGUAUGGCUGAAAAAGUGGAAAAUUAUCACUUGGCUGAGGCUAUCCAGAAAGCUGUGAGGUUCUUAGAUCACAAUGAAUUGCCACCUCACUGGGAAAAAAGUGCAUUAUUCAACUCACAAUCAAUGGAUAGUGAAAGUGACAGAUUCACUGAUAGCUCGGACGAUGAACCUUGUGAAGAAAAAGACCGAUUCGUGGCGCAGCUGUACAAAUUCAUGGACGACGCCGGCACGCCUCUGAACAAAACGCCCACGAUUGCCCACAGGGACAUCGACCUGCACCGGCUGUUCCGCGUCGUCCAAAAGUUGGGCGGCUACAACCGCGUGACCAAUCAGAACAAGUGGCGGACGGUCACUGCCCGGCUGUACCUGCCCAACAACCAGAACACCUUCAAUCAGGUGAAGGCGGUGUACAAGAAGUGCUUGUCCAGCUACGAGACCUUUUAUCGGACGCUCGGAGUGACCAUGCUUAACCACACGAGGCCCACGAAGAAAAAUAAGGGUCGCAGUCUCAUCAGAGACAAGGACAGAAGCACUCCGAUCAACAGCCCGGGCCCAGAAAAGGAAGAAGAAUCGACAGAGGAGAAGAAGCCUCCCUCGCCUGUGGCGCAGACCCCCAUAGCCGAACCGCUCAAGUCUAAACGCAUAGAAAAGAAAAGAGCUCAGGCGCAAGCCUUAUUGGCUGCGGAGGCAAGCGACACGUAUUCGAGCGACACGACCGACCAAUCGGAGGCCAAGGAGAUCGGGAGGGGGAAGCGGGAGAGGUCGACCACGACAGUGACGGCGGAGGGGAAGGUCGGCAAGGAGAAGAAGGCUGUGGCGGUGAGCGGGGAGAAAGUGAAGGCUCUGGUGGAGAAGUUCGAGGAGCAGGGGAAGAAAGAGGAGGAGGAGAAGGGUCAACUAACACGCUCCAAGUCUCAAUCCAAACAAAAAGACCCCCCGCCGCCGGCCGUCGAAAAGGACAAGAAACCCGAAGUCAAACCGCCGAAAGAGGCGAAACCCGCCGUCGUCAAACCGGCGAAAAAAUCCGCGCCGUCCACUUCGUCCUCCGAGGACGACAAGAAGAAGGGCAGGAAGCGCGUGGCCGACUCCGAAACCGGCGGCAGCGACGCCCUCGUCGGCGUCGCCGUGAACAUCGGAGAUAAGCUGAAGGUCUAUUAUGGGCCCACGCACGAAUCGAAGGUCACCUACGAGGCCAAGGUCAUCGAAAUCGACAAGGAUCAAAUGGGUGCCGUGUAUUUGGUACAUUAUACAGGAUGGAACACAAGAUACGAUGAAUGGAUACAACCUCAGAGGAUUGCAGAGAAUUUGAGCGCCACCACCAAAGCGAAGAGAACAAAACAGUCGGCGGCAGGAACGAGCACCAGUAACGUUAACAAGUCCAAUAACGCCCCCAAGGUGGGUGCCAAGCGAGGCCGCGUGAAAUCAGUGUCGGCGCGCUCCUCCACCGCGGACGCGCCACGAUCCACCACCCCGUCGAGCGUGACGUCGUCGGGCAGCAGGACGAAGAGCCCUGGCACUCCCGCCACCAGGUCCACCGGCAGGUUGACCAGACAGGAUUCAUUUCGACGUACCCGAAGGAUAUCUGCUCAAACUGACAUUUCGAACCACACCGAAUCCGAUAGCGAUGACGGUUCGUGUAGCGAAUCUGAACUCUCCAGGACCAGGAGUGGGGCAAAAUCUGAAGAAACUGAGGUGCCAGUUAGAACCUAUCAAAAAAGGAUGCCCAAACCGCCCAUGUUGUCAAAAACAGAUAAACGCAAAGAUGACGAGGACACAGAGAAAGAAGAUGACCAAGAAAAAGUCACAAAACGAACGAGAAAAAUCAAGAGAUCUCCCGAAAAAUCCGCCGAAGAGAGCGAAGAGGAGGAGGAAGAUGAAGACGAAUCGAACCCGCCGAAAGGCCGCGACUUCGAUCUCAACCAGAUCAGAUCCGAGCUGAAAGGCUUCGCCAAAGCCAUCAAGCUAUCGCCUCUGGAAACCAUGAUGGACAAGAUCGAAAAGGAAGCGGUGUCUUCGUCGGACGAUUCCACCAAUCCUCCCGUGCUGGAGAAGCCGGCAGAGGUGGAGGACGGAGCCGAGGAGAAACCGAAGGAGACACCGCUGGAGAAAUCCUCCAGCUCCGAAGACAUCUACGAGUUCAAGGAGCCGGAGCCUUUCGAAUUCGAGAGCAGGGCGAAGUUAGGGGAGGACAAGAAGAGGUUACCUAGGAUUUUCGAGGAUAUCGACAAGUCGCCGAGUAAAAGAAGCGUCAGAAUGUCUCCGGAAAAAUUGGAGACUCCUGACAGUCCAGAUCGGCGCAUAUUCCGCAGGUUACCGGUUAAAAAACAAGAUUUUUCUGAGGAAGAGGACGAGGAGGAGGAAGAAUCUAUCACGCUGUUUUCUCCGCCCAAAGAAGAGGAAGACCCCUUCGAUAAGCUAGUGGAAUCUCCUUGUUUCAAUAUCGUUAAACCUUUGGAGAAGCCAAUUGAGAACAAGGAGAAAGUCCUGAGGAACCUCAACGAGGAAACAAUGAGUCUCUUCAGGGAACUUCCUGAGACCGUGGAGGACUACAGCGGGGACAUGGAGCUGUCGGAUUGCGAGUCGCAGACCGAAAUUUUCACUACGAGCCCCGAAAAGAUGGCCCGGGAGGGGGGAGACGUGUUCGCCGAGGCUUUUCCGAAAACGCCGCCGGCGGUCAACGUGCUGGACAUGGACUUCCCUUCGGCCAAGACGGAUGACAGUAAACUGAAAGACAACGAGAACAUCAGCGAUGAUGAAGAAUUGAUCAGAGAGCAGAUACAGCGAGUCAUAGCUCGAAGUUCGUCGACUGACGACGAUAGCAACGACGUUUUGAUGAUCAGACCUCCGACCACCAACUAUCAGAUCAAGAAGAAGGAUUGCGAGUUGAUUCCCACCAUGGCCACUAUUUUGGGGAUAAGCAUGCUGGAUGUGCCUGCCGUUAAGGAAGAAAUUAUCAAGGUAGAAGACACUGUGUCGGAAUUGGAAAAAGAGAUCCCGCCACCAUCGCCGGAAAAAAAUCCAGCGCCUCCCGUAGAAAAGCCCGCGCCUCCCGUGGAAAAGCAGCUGAUCUCGCCGGCCCUGCAGGAAACCGACAGCUCUCUGCUGGAGUCCAUCGUCUCCCAACCGCCCGUCCCGCUCGAGGUGAAGCUGGAGGAGACCGCCAAAGAGUUGAGUAUCGUGAAAACGGGCACCAAGAUAGCGGACUCCAUUCUGCAGAAGCUCAACUCGAUCAAGAACGAGUUGGAGGCCAAAGGAACUGUGGACAAAGAUGAGGAGGAAGAUGAGGAGGAGGAGAAGGAGGAGGGAGAGAAGAUUGAAAAACAGGAGGAGGUGGAGAAGGAGGAAGUGAAGGAGAUGCCAGAAAAUAAGUGUGACCCCCCUCCCGAACUGCAAGACCAACCAGACCAGCCUAAACCGCCCCCCGAAAGCCAAGACCCCGCCCCAGAAGCGGCUACACCCAUCGAACCGCCAAUCGAAAACGAAGAAGAAGAGGAAGAAGAAGAGGAGGAGGAGGAAGAAGAGGAAGAGGAGGAGAUCCCGUCGCCGCCCAUUGAGGAGCCGGUGAAGAUCCACGCGCAGAAGCGCUCGCCGAGCCUCCCCGCGGAGCGGAAAAGACGCCGACGGGCGCUGAGCAAGGCGUUCGUGGACGAAAGCGACUUUGAUAGCAGCGAUUCCGAGCAGUUGGUCAUUGCGAGGUCCGAUGAUGAAUCGAUGGAUGUCAAGCUCCAGAUGGAUGCCAAGGAGAGCGACAGCAGCACCAUGUUCCCCCACUCUCAAACCACCGACGAUUCGCAGUCGCAGGAGGAGCGCAACUUCAACUUCGACCGCGUCAACGAAGAGAAAGCCCGCGAGCCGACGCCGCCGCCCGCCGCUGUCAAGGAGGAGGAGGUCGUGGUCGAGGAGGGGCAGCUGGUGAAGGAGGAGGAGGCCGAUCCGCACCUGCACGAGCUGCUGCUGUGCGAGGAGGAGAUACCGCGGAGUCCGGCGCCGGCGACGGAUAUGCAGCAUUGCCAAGAGACCAAGCCGUCGACGAUGCCGAAAUCAGUGGCGGAGAUGCCGUUCGCUAGCGCACCGGGCACCAGCGCCGGCAAGAGCAUGCUGCUCGACCAAAAGGCGCCCCAACGGGCGUCUCCUCAUCCCCCCCACCCGCCCCGGCUGGAGAUGCCGGCGGAACGAGGGGCGGCGAGGUCGGAGGCGGGCGGUCGCUCGCCGCCCACCACGCCCGAGAGCAGUGGCAGCGACGCGUCGCCCCGAGGUGAUACAGGUGGUUUGUCACCUACGGCAGUGGACAAUGAGAGCUGUAGAUCGAAUGAUGUUGAACCUGAAUAUCCAAGACAACGACGAGGAUCUACCACGAAAGUGUCACCUUACAGUGAAGAAGACACCCGAAUGACCAACGAGAGCCCCACGAAACGGCUGAAAGAACUCGUGGCGGCGUCCUGCAAGAGGCGUAGGAAAUCGCAACGGAGCUCCGACGACACCAUGCCCUCCGGCAUGAAGAAGAUGAGGAAGACUAUGAACAGAUCGCGGCACAACAGCGACAGCGACGACACCAGCGAUCACUCGAACACGGGCAGCACGAAGAUGCGCCUGUACGACAGGUCGAACAGGAGCCCGAGGCCUUCCAAGUAUAAUUUCUUCGUCGAAUUCGAUCCAAGCUUAGAUAGUGGGCAGCGCAUAGCUGUCUUGCAACAAAAAUUAUCUGAGCUGAGGAAAACAUAUGCUGAUGUAAAGGCAGAGCUUGCUGUGGUAGAGAGGAGACGGAAAAAAAUCAGAAGGAGGGAAAGAGAAGCUUUGAAGGCAGCUAAGCAAGAAAUGGCGUGUGCAUGAUGAAGCCACAUUUCUCAGAGAUCUUCCAGUUGAGACUUUUGUAAAAAAAAGUCAUUACUAUUAUAUUGACUGAAACCUAUGUACCCACAGAUAUGGCAGUUUGUAUUUCAUUAAUUAUGUUUGCUGUGAAAAGACUAUUGAGAAGUUAUCUGAACUUUCUGCCAAAGAGUUUCUGUUGAAAUUACAAUCCUUUCGGAACCAAUUUAUAUCUCUAACUUUCGUAGAAACUUGAUUCUGAUAUUAUAUUUAUUCUCUUAUUGAUAAUUUUUGUUGUUGAAACAUGCACAGAGCGAUUUUUCCGGAGCACAUUACUGUACAAUUUUUUUGUUGAUAUUGAAUAAUCCGGGAUAAUCUCUUGUUGAAUAGACACUAACAAACUGUGGCCUCAAGAGAAAUCCUCAUUUUCGGUGAGUUCAUUUUCCGAAAAUUAUAGGGUUGUUUGACUCAGUGAAUUAGUUAUUUAUUGCCUGAGUAGUGAAUUUGUAUUUUUACAGCUAUGCAGUGAAUUAAUUGAUGAACUUGUCGGGAAUGAUUCAAGAGAUAUUUCUUCCAAUCAAAUUAAAUACGUAUUUUGAAAUAUCUAACUGGAUAGUGUAAUGAUGAUCAAGACUGAUCGAUAUGCAAUACCAAGAUCUUUUAUAAUUUUUUGUUAAUUAGUUAAAGGACACACAAUUUUUAAGCCUGUAUCUUUGUAAAUAUUGUGUUCACUAUAUUCCUUGAAAUUUUGCAUUGCACGAAAUUUAAGACUUGUUAGAGGAUAUUCUUAUAAAA